UUUUGAUGAAAUUUAUAUUUGUAAUCGAUUUUCUAAUAGUGCGCAUUCUCUUUUAUUGCUGAAAUAUCAAGUUUGUGUCGAUCGAUCACGCCGCAAAUCGAUACAUAUUAUUGAUUGGCAUGCCACAAUUUGCUGAGAGAAAAUGGAUGACAACUGCUUGUAUUGUCUUGUUCAUCAGACAUUCGAUUUUUCUUUGAUUUUUGGCGAUAUUGGGCUCGAACGAUGCGUAUGCCAUCAGCUUACGAAGAAACAAAAGAAAUUCGUAUCCAUCCAUGCCAAUUUCAUAGAGUUUAUGAUAAUCGGGCACUUUUUAAUGCUUAUCAUUCAGUAUUUCGGAACGGAAGAUAACGUUAUCGCCUGCAGCCCGAUUGUCAACACAGGUGGAAAAGAAAACGCUCCUUUUUUGAUUGGAGUGUUUGGCUGUAUAUCAUUGAGUUCUUUUCUUAUAAUUCGAAAUGGCAGGAGAGAAAAAUUAUCUUUUACACUGGAGAUGUCCGGAUAUGAAGGAGAGAAAGAAAAAAUCCGGCUCUAUCAACGUAUCGCGCAUUUUUUUAUUGCCAUCUCUUAUGCCUUUGUGCUGUUUUUGGUUACUUACAUCAGUUCCGUUGUCAUUUUCAAAAAAGUAGAAAUGAAAUCAAGCAGUUUCAGAGCUUUCGCCUGUUCUGUAGUAAUGCAAAUCAGUUCAAUGUAUGAAUCUACGUUAUGGAUGUGGUUCGUAUCAUCAUGCAUAUUAUGUGGCGUAAUCUUGAUGCGGAGAUUCCACACCUUGUCUGUAGAGCUGCAACGAGCAAAAAUCCAAUGGCCGAAGAAGAAUAUCAACGAUUUGAUGUCUAAACACUUGGAGCUUUGCGAAUUCAUCUGGCAUGUCAAUGAACACUGGAACAAGUAUGUGUUCUUUUUGUAUGGAAUUGCCCUGUUCCUUCUAUCUUUCCUCAUCUAUGCAUCGAUUUUCGGAGAAUUCACUUUGUAUCUUCAGAUUAUGUUGUGCUUUGCCACAAUACUUCUAGUCAUUGUAGUGACUGUCUGCGCUUUUGCACUUUCUCGGAUCGUGAUUGCGCUUUAUGAUUCCUUUCAAGAGAUCAGAAGAUUCGGCGCAGCCUCUCAUUCAUUGGCUGACAAGCUUAAGGUAUUGGAUUUUAUGAAGAAAUUUCAAGAAAAUAAAAUUGGAUUCAGCUGUGGUGACUGCUUCAUCCUGUCGAAGGAAUCGCCUGUUCAGGUGUAUAACAACUUCUACAGCAUAUUCAACAUACUGCUGCAGAUCAGAGAAAUACUAAUAGGAAAUACAUCUUCAUCUUGUACACCUGCUAAUAGCACAAACAGUUCUCGUAAUUUUAACAUUUCUAACGCGUUAGAAUAAAGAUCGUCAAAAUAUCAAUCCAAUAGAAAUAAUGAAAAUCACUAUAUUAAUAUUUCGCUUUCACCUGAUUAGAUUCUUAUCCUAAAUUUUGAAAAUAGGUUUUUAUGUAUCAGCAUUAGUUCACAAGUGUUAAUAAAUGAAGU